AUGAUAUCGACUGCAGGGCGCCCAGAGGACUUUAUGAGCAAGAAGCUCUUCGCAUUCUGCCUGUUCUCUAUUGGAUUCACCAUUUUUCUCCUGUUCGGUUCCCCAUCUCCGCCAUCGCCCGAAGAACUGAAUCAAGGUCCAGCGCAAGAUCAGCAGCAGCCAGGCACUUACCGCGGUCGGCAUGCCAUCAGUACUUUCCUCGAUUCAAAAUCCAAUGGAGAGAAAGGCGCCAAUGACGAUGAUGAUAAAUAUUUUGUGAGCGCUCGAACGCUCAUUUACCAGCUGCUCCACUCGCCAAGCACCAAACUCAAAGACCCGGUGCCCGUGGUGGUUCUGGUCACGAGAGACGUCCGGGAGAGCAAGCGCCAUAGGUUGCGUGAGGAUGGUGCGACUGUUGUGGAGGUCGAAGAUGUGACACACAAAAUCCCCAUUGCCGCCGAACGCUGGAUCUCGAUGGCCACCAAGCUCCACGCUUUCAAUCCUACUAUUGUUCCGUACGAGAAGGUGCUGUAUAUGGAUGUCGAUAUGGUCCUGACCCGGCCCAUCGACAACAUUUUCCAAGAUUUUAGCACAGAGCUUGGUGUGAUCAAUGAAACAGAUCAAUCAGAGCCGGGCAUGGGACCGCUCCCGGAACAUUUCAUCAUGGCAGCCGCCCCGGAGACGAAGCAGAAAGACCAUGCUUACCCUUUCUUGGAUUCCGACCACACUGUCAGCACGUUCAACAGUGGCCUGUUCAUGUAUGCACCAUCUGUGCAGAUAUUCCAAUACUAUAUGACGCUUCUUGAUCACCCGGAGCUCUACUAUACCGGUAUUCCGGACCAAGACAUGCUCAAUUAUGCGCACCGAUGGAGUGGCCCGAUGCCCUGGAAGCGCCUACACUGGUCCUGGUAUAUCAAUGGCCCCAAUGACAACGACUUACAGGGGAACAUGGCAUUGAUUCAUACCAAGUGGUGGGACCAAGGAACCUCAUUUUCUACAGAUGCCGUGGAACAAUUCGCGCUUGCGCGGAGGUGGGAGAUGGAAGGAUAUUGGAUGGGUAAAAAGGACAAAUCUAAGUCAUGGUAA